AUGAUAUCAGAUAAAUAUGAAAAAGAAUCGGACGACAAAAAAGAAAGAAAUACCUACAAUAAUCGGUCAAAAUUUAAUCCGAGAGAAAAUCACACAAAUAGUGACAGAGCGCCAUAUGUUGAAAGAGAUGAUAGAAAUUAUAGAGAUAAAAGGUCGAAUGAAAAUGAUAGAUAUAGAGGAAGGGUCGAAAAGACGAAUUUUAAUAGAUUUCAUAAUAACAAUAAACCAAAUAAAUUAAAUUUUAAUAAAAGAGGCAAAAGUGAUUUGGAUCAAGGUUUAGUUUGGAGGCAUGAUAGAUUUAAUAAUAGUAAUAAAAAUAACAAUGAUAACGAUAAUUAUAAUAAUAAUAGUAGCAAUAAUAAUUAUUAUUAUAACAAAGUAAAUAAUAGCUAUAAGAAUAAUAAUAACAGUGGUGAUAGAAACAAUAAAUAUUAUAACAAAAGAAAUGAUGACUAUAAGGGUAACAACAGAAGGGGGUAUUUUGAUUAUAGCUAUGGAGACUGUAAUAAAAGAGGAGAUCAUAAAAACAAUAACUACGAAGAAGAUGGUGCCAUUUACAGCGAUGAAGAUUUAAGGAAAGAUGACAAAAAGAGUCCACAAAUCAACUAUGAAGAUGAAAAAGAAUACUCCCAAAUGAAAGAUGAUAAUGAAGAUGAUGAAGUUGAAGAAGGAGAAAUUUAA